UCCUGUUAUCGACCUGCCUGACAUAUCUGUACCUUUAACUGUAACUUUGCUUUUGUUUUAAGUAAAGCCUUUAUUGUCUAACUCUCUGCCUGUCAUUCUGCGUUUGGGUCCGCCCUGAUCCGUGACAGCUUUAUAUUGGCCGUAAAAUCUGUCAACUGAUGUAUCUGUCGGGCUCCUCUUUAAAUGUUGUGUUUACAAAUACCAACCAAGUCCUGCACAUUAUGUCUUUAAUGCAUGUAUUUGUUUUCCUAUCUGAGUCAGCGUGUUGGAGCCUCCAGGGGUCGGCAGCACGUCCACUGUGACUCGUGCUACAGCCGGCGCUGCAGGGCUCGGGUGGAGGUCUCAGUGUGCUGCGCUCUCACCUCCUGCCGCCUGCUCUGUGGAGCCGUCUAUCACCUGUGCAAAGAGGAGGAUCACCUGUUGCUCUGCCCCAACGUCAGGGUGCCCUGCCUCAACGCCGGCUACGGCUGCCCGCUGCAGCUGCCCCGCUCCUCGCAGGCCGCCCACCUCCACGUGUGCCCGGCCAGCGUGGUGUGCUGCUCCAUGGAAUGGCUCCGGUGGCCGGCCAACGACGCUCACUCUCAUCCGAACACGGAGCUGCACGAGAACCUGCUCAAGGAGAGAGAGCAGGGAGGGUGUCUGGACCUGGCCAUGGCCCUGAAGGACCAGGACCUCCUUUUUCACUCCUUGAAGAUGAAGAAACUGUUCCCAGAGAUGAUCCAGAGCGUGCAGGAGGAGGAGGAGGAGGAGAGGAAGAAGGAGGAGGAGAGGAGGAAGGAGAAGCAGAAGAAGAAGAUGAAGAUGAAGGAAGAGGAGGCAGCAAAGAAGGCUGCUGCUCAGACCUGGGAGACUUUUCACAUAUUUGACGUGCAGGCAGUAAAAGAAGAGGAGGAUGAAGAUGAAGAUGAGAUUGAAUAUGAGGAGGAGCUCACCCAGGAGGAGAGGGAGGCGAUUGCCAGGGACUCUGAAGUGAACGCUGAUCUGUUGGAGAACUACAACGCUUGGGAGCGAAUGUUCAGUAUGGAGAUGGGUGGCUGCAGGCAGGCCGGAGCUGCAGCAGCAGGAGGCCCGGGGACGACUAAAGGAGGAGGUCUGAACACUCUGACAGAGGAGGAGGAAGAGGAGACAGCAGACACCUGUGUGGGCGCCGCAGCAUCAAACACCUGCAGACAGGAGAGCAGCUCAUCCAUCACCUCCUCCUCCUCCUCGUGUCUCUCCGCAAAGCCGAAGAAGUUUGUGUAUGGACACGUGGAGCCGAUGAAGAUCAUCACGGUGCGCACAUUUAAAACACCAACCAGCUUCUCUGCCAAGCACGGACGCAUCCGCAACCCCGGAUUCUACAAAAGGGAGGGUCGGGCCGUGGACACCAGCGAGCUCGGGGUGGCGCUGGAGCAGAUGCCGGUGUGGGAUGAAGUUCAGGCGUCCCUGCUGUGCUCCCUGGAGAAGGAGCAGAGGGGUCACCUGAUCGCGGAGAGCGUGUGCUCAGACGGUCUGUUGAUAGACGAGGGCACGCAGACUUACAACUUCCUAUCCGCUCCUUUCUGCUCUGACGCGUCUCUUGCUGACCUGAACGCCGCCAAACCUCUGGAGCUACACCUCCAGCUGCAGGUGGAGAGCGUCACCAGCCGGCACCACAAGGCCAGCUCCGCCUUCACCCUCCUCUGUGGACACAGCUUCCAGCGCAGGGAGUACGGGAAACAUUACAAGAACGUGCACAGUGAUAUUCAGAUGGGGGUGAAUGGAUGGUUCGAGCAGCGAUGCCCACUGGCGUACCUGGGAUGCACCUUCAGCCAGAGAAGGUUUCAGCCGUCGACACAUGAAGCCGCCGUCUCCUAUAACGAGGACCUGGGCUGCUUCUGUCUGCACCCCUCCUCCACCAUCUACCUGGAAGAUGAGAGAGGAGGCGAGGACCCUCUGAGCUCACUACCCUACGAAGUGCUGUGCCACAUGGCCAGUUUCCUGGACAGUCUGUCCCUGUCCCAGCUGGCUCUGGUGUCCCAGCUGAUGAGGCAGGUGUGCUCGUCUCUGCUACAGGAGAGAGGGAUGGUCAGCCUCCGCUGGGAGAGGAGCAGCGGGGAGCACGGAGGAGCCAAGUGGACGGUGAAGCACACAGUAUGGCAGUUCAGCUCUCUGUUCUCUCCGGUGGACACCUGGUGCUUCAAGAACAUGCCGUCCAUGUCGGAGCACCUGAAGGUGUGUCCCUGCUACGAGCGAGAGUCUAGGACGGAGAAGAUUCACCUGCCGCGCAUUAAGGAAAAGACAAAGACAAGCUGCAAAGGUCCGACUCUGGGUCAAGGGAUGAGGGAUGGGGAUGGACCGGCUGCUGUGGAAAUGGGCCCAAUGGUUGAGAAGCUGAUGAGCAGAAAACUAACUACUGGACUGUUGUUUAGGAAAAACUUCCCCCAGAGGAGCAUCUGAGCUGAAGGAGGUUUUGUGUUACAGCUGAAUCAAACACAUGUCUGGGACCAAACCACACCGUGACGAGCAUCCGGACUCGGAUCCAGAGGACACAGCAUCAGAGGAGCUGACAGAGGUGGUGUGUCUGGAGUCAGACCUGC